AUGGACUUUGUCUUUUCAACCAUUGAAGCUAUUUCUUUUUCAACAUUGCUUUGGGCAUGUGUCACAUGUGUGGUGCUCGAUGUCGUUGACAUCAAGAAAACAUACACAAUGAAGUCUAUUGCCUUCUCCCUUGUUUCCCUCUCAAUUUUCCUUUUGAUUACUUUGUUUCUGAUUGUUGCUUCUGAUUCUACAAAGGAAGCACAUGCUCUUCUCAGAUGGAAAGCCAGUUUUCAAAAUCAAACUCAACCUCUCUUGUCUUCAUGGUCCAUUCUCAAUUCAACCAACCUAACUCAUCUUGAGACUCUUGCGCUCAAUGAUAAUAAACUAAAUGGCUCAAUUCCUCAAGAAAUAGGCAAUGAGCUAAAGUCCCUCAUUGAGCUUCACCUGCACAAUAACUUUCUAGGUGGAGCCAUUCCAACUUCUUUGGGACUUGGUGAGCUCUCCAAGCUUGUCUUCUUUCAAUUGCAUAAAAAUAAGCUAAACGGUUCCAUUCCUCAGAAAAUAGGAAAUAUGAGCUAUGUUUCUCUUCUAGAUUUGAGCAAUAAUCAACUCAGUGGUCAAAUUCCGACAUCAUUUGAUGGUCUAACAAGUAUCACUUAUCUUUACCUAUAUAAUAACACUCUAUCUGGCAGCAUACCUAGAGAGAUUGGAAAAUUGAUGUCUCUUGUUCACUUGGAGUUGAGUAGUAAUCAACUUAGUGGUUCACUUCCAGCUUUCCUUGGAAAUUUGAGCAGGUUAGAGAUUUUGCAGCUCAAGCAAAAUUUAUUUUCUGGGUCCAUUCCUGAAGAAUUGGGAAAACUAAACACCCUUCUUCAAUUGGAUUUAAGGUUUAAUGAGUUAAAUGGUUCUCUUCCAACUUCAUUGGGGAAUAUAAACAACUUGGAAACUUUCAAUGUAGGCCAAAAUCAAUUCUCUGGAUCCAUUCCUGUAGAAAUAGGAAAAUUGGCGAACUUGGAAUUUUUGAGUGUAGCCCAAAAUCAACUCUCUGGAUCCAUUCCUGUAGAAAUAGGAAACUUGGUGAACUUGGAAACUUUCAGUGUAGCCCAAAAUCAACUCUAUGGAUCCAUUCCUCGGGGAAUGGAAAACUUGACGAGGUUGACAAAUCUUUUUUUGUAUGAAAACCUGCUCACCGGUCACUUACCCGAAAAUGUUUGUAAUAGCAGUCGAUUACUCCGGUUUGGAGUAAGCAGUAACCAUUUGGUAGGCCCAUUACCCAAAGACAUGAAAAACUGCACAAGCUUGAUUAGAGUCCGUCUUAAUGACAACCAACUAGAAGGAAAUAUAGAUGCUGACUUUGGAGUCUAUCCAAACUUGACCUUUAUUGAUAUCAGCUACAAUCGAUUUUUCGGAGAUAUCUUAGCUAAGUGGGGUCAAUGCACACAAUUAACUACUCUAUGGAUUGCUGGGAAUAACAUGAAUGGUAAUAUACCUCCAGGGAUUGGAAAUUGGACUCAGCUAUAUCGUCUUGACUUUUCCAUGAAUCAUUUGGUUGGGAGGAUCCCGAGGGAGUUGGGAAGGUUGACUAAUUUGCUGAAUUUGAGGUUGAACGACAAUCAUUUUUCUGGUGGUAUUCCUCCUGAGGUCGGAUCACUUACUGAUCUCCAAGUUCUUGACUUAUCAGGGAACAUAUUGAGCUCUAUGCCAGAUGGCAUUGGAGCUUUGUCGAAUCUUCAUUACUUGAAUUUAAGCUGCAACAAAUUCAGCCAAAGAAUUCCAAUUCCAAUUAGUUACUUAGUUCACCUUUCUCAACUUGAUUUGAGUCAUAACUUGCUUAUCAGAGAAAUACCAGCACAAUUCACCAAGUUGCAAGACCUGGUGACCUUAAAUUUCUCCUUCAAUAAUCUUUCGGGUCCUAUUCCAAAUAGCAAAGUAUUUCAAGGUGCUCCGGCGGAAGCAUUCCAAGGAAACAAAAACUUGUGUGGCAAUGUGAGUGGAUUGCAAGCAUGUCAACGGCCACACACGGAAGAUAGACAUGGUCCAACAAAGAGCAAUAAGAUUGUGUUUGUAGUUGUGUUUCCUCUCUUAGGAGCACUUGUUAUGUCAUUUGUAAUAAUUCUUGUGUUUCGUAAACUCCAAAGACGAAGGAAGGGCGACGCUAAGAAUGACAAGCAAUCAGUUACAAUAUCUUUGUUUGAUAGGACAGUGAAAUUUGAAGACAUCAUGGAAGCAACUAACAAUUUUGAUGUCAUGUAUUGUAUUGGGGAAGGGGGUCAUGGAACUGUCUAUAAAGCCGACCUUCCAUUAGGUGUUGUUGUAGCUGUCAAGAGAUUCCACUGUUUACUUGACAGUAGCAAUUCAGCAGAUCAAAAAGAGUUUUUCAAUGAGGUCAGCGCCUUAACAGAGACAAAGCAUCGAAAUAUUGUGAAACUCCAUGGCUUCUGCACACAUUCAAAAUACACAUUCUUAGUUUAUGAUUAUCUUCAGAGAGGUAGCCUGAUCAAAAUUGUAAGCAACGACGAGGAAGCGAAAGAAUUGGAUUGGUUUAGAAGGAUGAAUGUCAUCAAAGGUGUCUCUCAAGCAUUGUCUUACAUGCAUCAUGAUUUGUCAUUGUUAAUCAUUCAUCGAGACAUAUCGAGCAAAAAUAUUUUGCUAGACUUGGAAUACGAAGCUCAUGUUUCCGACUUUGGCACUGCUAAGCUUCUCAAGCAGGACUCAUCUAAUUGGUCAACACUAGUUGGAACACAUGGAUACAUUGCACCAGGUAAAUUUACAUCUUUAUGUUAUAUGGAAAACUUAAAUGUGACUGAAAAAUGUGACGUAUAUAGCUUUGGAGUGUUGACACUAGAAGUUCUCAAAGGGAGUCAUCCAAGCGAUAUCAUGUCAAGUGCAUCAUCUUCAUCUUCAUCUGUUACUCUACAAGUUAGACUUAAUGAUUUGUUAGACCAGCGCCUUUCACCUCCACGAUACAAGGUUCCUGAUAAACUGAACCGCAUCAUGGAGGUGGCCGUUUCAUGCUUAGAUCAUCGUGGCUUGCCGGACUUCCGAUUCGAACCCUUUGUGGAUGGUCUAAUUACACCUUUGGAUGCUGAUGCCAGUCAAGGCAUUAUAGCAGUCUGUGCGUUCACGGCAUUCACAAUCAAAGCAGCUGCAAGACUUGAAAUCCCAAUUGGGGUGGAACUGGGUGUACUUGAGCGUGUGAUUGUAGGUGCCUAUGCUUUGUUGGCCAUUCUCCAGCGAUCAACAGACAACUUCCGAUUUUCGUGCUCUGUUCAUUGA